AGUUUGGUCAAUGCGCAGCAGAAUCUGUCGAUUCUUCGCUUCGGUUGUGUCCGCAAUGGCAGCGAACAACUACUUCGGGUUCGCCGCAGGAAAUACACAGUAUGGUGCUGCCGGCACCUACCCAGCCGCCGCCAGCCAGACGGGCUACACCAUGCAGCAUGCUGCUGCUGCUGCAGCCACUCCCCAGCAGUUUGGUGCUCGUGCAGCUCCAACGUACAGUGCCUAUGACACCCACAACGCGGCUGCAGCAGCAGCUGCAAAUGCAGCCGCCGCUGCCUUUCACUAUGCCCCAAGGCAGCAGGCAUCCUAUGAAAAGAGCAGCCAGGGGGGCUACUACGGCCAGGGCCAAGUGAGCACGGCGUACGGCAAUGCGGCUGCCAGCACCGGUGCAGCCGAGAGCGUGAGCUCUAGCUACGCGGCCCAACCAACAGCCAAGAGCAGCUUUGCCUCGGCCUACAGGGCUCCUCCUUCGGGGCCCAAGAGCAACGCGGCCCAGUCACAGCAGCAACAGCAGCAGCAAGGCAGUGGGGGCGGCGGUGGCACGUCUGCUGCCUCGUAUGUGUACUCAGGCUACUCGAGUUCCUAUGGAGGUGUGCAAAACUCUGGGUACCACGGGAACCAGAAUAGCAGUGGGGGUGGGGGUGGAGCCAAGAUGUCGUGGAGCAGUGGCAGCGUCGGCGCUGGGGGUGGGGCCGCCAGUGGCGGUGGUGGUGGUGCCAUGGGCUCUGGUGGCCCUGGGCCCUUCAAGCGCCCCGGUCCCUUCCAGAACAAAAUCAACAAGCCCAAGCCGCCACCAAAACCUCCGCAGUUGCACUACUGUGACGUGUGCAAGAUAUCUUGUGCCGGCCCACAGACGUACAAGGAACACUUGGAAGGCCAGAAGCACAAGAAGAAAGAGGCUGCCCUGAAGAGCAAUGGAACAUCCGGAACACCACCACUGCCGCGAGGAGGUACGGCCCUGCGUUGCGAGCUCUGCGAUGUGACGUGCACAGGAUCAGACGCCUAUGCUGCUCACAUUCGGGGUGCCAAGCACCAAAAGGUGGUGAAACUGCACACGAAAUUGGGCAAGCCAAUUCCCUCAACAGAGCCUGUUGUUAUAGCUGCAUCGGGUACCACUACUACCACAAAGCCAUCGAUGACCACCACCACCACCACCACAGCUUCAUCACAGGGUGCUGUGGACAGUGCUGCAAAGGCAGCUGCCGACUCUGAAAGUGCUGUGGCUGAGGACGGCACUGUUGACCCUCUCAAGGAUGAUAAAGGCGCUGAGCCUGUUGGCCAGGACUACAUUGAAGAGAUGCGCAAUGAUGAAGGAAAGGUGAUCAGCUUCCAGUGCAAGUUGUGCGAGUGUCGUUUCAACGACCCCAAUGCCAAGGAAAUGCACAUGAAAGGACGAAGGCAUCGUCUCCAAUACAAGAAAAAAGUUAAUCCCGACCUUGUAGUUGACAUAAAGCCCAGCCUUCGUCAACGGAAGUUGCAAGAGGAGCGCCUUCGGAGGCAACUGAAGGACGAUUCGUGGAAAAUGCAUGAGGAUGAACGAUGGAGGAAAGAGAUGAGGAUGAUGGAGGAUGAGGAGCGGCUCUUCUGGGAGCAGCGGCGCUUUGAGGACGAAAUGGACCGUUGUCGCUUCUUUGGCCGAGGCCUUGGACCUAUGGGGCCCAUGCGACCGUGGGGACCACCCAUGAUGGGGCCCCCAGGACCCAUGGUAGGGUGGCCCCGCCACUGUCCUUGCCCACCAUUGCCGCCGCCGCCACCACCAAUAGGGUGGAGGCAUCGCUCCCGAGGUGGCAACAACCAGAUUGGCAGCAACGCACACCCUGCUCGGGUGGGGGCCCAGUCUGGGCAGCCAAUGCCUCGCCGCCCAGACUCAGUGGAUGAUCGCCAUGUGACAGCUAAACACUCCAUGAUCUACCCAAAAGAUGAGGACCUUGGACAGGUUCAACGCAUGGUCACAAACACAGAGAAGGCCCUGAAGUUGGUUUCGGACUCCCUAGCCGAGGUAACUGAGCCGAAGCCUGAGGCCGAAAAGCCAGAUGAUGAUGACGCCAAGAAGACCGAAGAAGGGAAGAAGGAAGAGCAACCGCAGCGCCUGCUCAAGGGUGUCAUGCGUGUUGGCGUGUUGGCCAAGGGCCUUUUGCUGGCGGGUGACCUGACGGUGGGCCUGGUGGUUAUGUGCUCCGAGAAGCCCGGCCGGACUCUGCUCGCACGAGUAGCUGCUUUGCUGCCAAAGCAUCUUGCAACUGUUUCCCCCGAUGACAAGUAUGAGGUUCGUGCCAGCCCACAGGAUGCAGCUGUGUCGGUGACAAACAAUUCUGAUCCCAAGGUUACUGUGUGGGUCACCCUCACAUCACCUGUUGUGCGAGACGGAGAAGCCAGUAACGCCAGUGUAAAAGACCCGCCGGAUGUUCUGGACAGGCAGAAAUGCCUGGAUGCUCUAGCCGCCUUGCGCCAUGCCAAGUGGUUCCAGGCUAGGGCAAGUGGUCUGCAGUCAUGUGUCAUGGUCAUCCGAAUUCUGAGGGACCUUUGCAACCGUGUACCCACAUGGAGUACCCUCAACUCGUGGGCCCUAGAGCUUUUGGUGGAGAAGGUGCUGAGCAGUGCAGGUCAGCCAUUGACACCCGGUGAUGCACUACGACGUGUCCUGGAAGCUGUGGCUGGCGGCAUCUUGCUACCUGGGAGCCCUGGAUUGCUGGACCCUUGUGAACGAGAGCCGGUGGAUGCCCUGGCUGGGCUCACUGACCAAGCUCGGGAAGACAUAACUGCCAGCGCUCAGCAUGCUCUGCGCCUGGUAGCCUUCCGCCAGAUUCACAAAGUUCUUGGCAUGGAUCCCCUGCCACCACCGAAGUUUGCCCGCAACUUGCUGAACCGCAAACGCAGGCGUGAUGGCGAGGCUGCUGACCAUGAGGGUGCUGACGGCAAGAAGGACAAGAAGGAUGAAGUGACAGCGCCAGCCACGGGCGCAGCUGCAGCGGCCCCAUCGGCUGGGUCCAAAAGUGAAGUGCCGGCGACCAAGGCCUGAUAGUGGAGCAUGAGCAGAAGCAGCAGCUCCUUCCGGAGUGGAGGCAGCUCGGGAAGAGCGGUGCACGACUUGCACGUACUAGCACAGUAUUUAACAACCCUCUGCCCAGGAAAACCCCCCAUCACUGCUAGUGUAUGAGUAAUGCCUGUAGCACUUGCUUAAGCUUUCCAUCUUUUCUGGUGUCUUGUGUGCUUCUCUUUCCAGGACAGCAGGCAAAACUUUUUUCAACAGACAAGUGAGGCCAGCAGAAGUGCUCAUUCCAACCUGCCCUUCUCCAUUUUCCUCUCCCUGCUUUUCUUUAUCACUGGGGAUUCAAAAUUGACAGCAGUGCUGUAUUCGUCCUUCAUAAGAGUCUGCUUGCUAACCAGCAGCACAUUUUUGUUGUUGUUGAUACUGCUUUGCUUUUCACUUGUUUUCAUUUUUGACACACCUUAUCUUCAUUUUUGCCUUUCAUUUGUGGCAAGUACGGUUUAGGUGGAAUUGAGUAAAGGAAAGAAAUGAAAUGGUACCUUUACUAUGAAAUGCUAUUCAACACAAAAAAAAAAAUUGUGGCAGUUUUGAAUUUGGCAGUGAUGGAUGGUGUGUAGGACAAUUUUGUGCUGGGCAUGAAUAAAGAUUUGCCAUUGUGGACAGUUUCUAAUUGUGAA